AAUAUAUAAGAUCUUAGUCUGGUCUGGUUACUGUUCAUGGAUAAGAUGAGCAAUACCAUUUCAUUCUUUACUCUACUCCUCAUUCAGCUUCUUGUUUGUCUGCUUGAUGGCCAUGACAAAACUCUAAGGCUGGCCUUUGCUGAGAGUAGUAAUGUGUCAGUCUACAUUGUUUAUCUUGGAGAGAGGCAACAUAACGACCCAAAACUCGUAACAGAUUCACAUCAUGACAUGCUUACUAACUUAAUGGGAAGCAAGGAAUUGGCCAAAGAGUCGAUGGUGUACAGUUACAGGCACGGGUUUUCUGGAUUUGCAGCUAAACUAACAGCAUCUCAAGCACAACAACUAUCUGAGCAUCCUGAUGUAGUAGGCGUGAUGCCAAAUUCGUUUUACAAGCUGCAAACAACAAGAAGCUGGGAUUAUUUGGGUCUCUCUCCUCAAACACCAAAUAAUCUUCUAAAUAAAAGUAAUAUGGGCGACGGAGUUAUUAUAGGUGUCCUAGAUACAGGAAUAUGGCCGGAGUCUAAAGCUUUUCGUGAUGAAGGGCUGGGAGAAAUCCCUUCUGGGUGGAAGGGAUUCUGCCAAUCUGGAGAUCAAUUCAGUGCUGCUAAACAUUGUAACAAAAAGCUGAUUGGAGCUCGGUGGUUUGUCGAUGGACUACUAGCUGAGAUUGGGCGAACAUUGAAUUUGACAAGAUUGGGCGAAAUUUUGUCUGCCCGAGAUGCAGAAGGUCAUGGGACUCACGUAUCCAGCACCGCAGCUGGUGCUUAUGUGGCAAACGUCAGCUACGAUGGUGUUGGUCUAGGAACGGCAAGAGGAGGUGCUCCCCGUGCUCGACUGGCCAUUUACAAGGUCUGCUGGAAACUUUCAGGUGGACAGUGUGCAUCAGCUGAUAUACUCAAAGCAUUUGAUGAAGCAAUCAAGGAUGGAGUCCAUGUCUUAACUUUAUCAAUUGCAGCUGCUUCUCUUCCUCUCUACUCUGAAGUUGACGGACGUGAUGCCAUUGCCAUAGGCUCCUUCCAUGCCAUUGCAAGAGGCAUCACCGUUGUCUGUGGAGCUGGAAAUGAUGGCCCGUUACCACAGACUGUCAAAAACACAGCACCAUGGAUUAUAACUGUCGCAGCCAGCACCAUGGAUAGAGCAUACCCAACCCAAAUCACUCUUGGAAACAACAAAACCUUUCAGGUGAGUAAUUUAUGGUUCGCCAGAUGCAUCAAGGCAUUGAUACUGAUUUUCCAAGGAAAACCCUUGCAGGGUCAGUCUAUCUAUACGGGAAAGGAAGAAGGCUUCACAGGGCUUUUCUACCCUGCAGAUGGAGGCCCCGAUGCCACAGCGGGCGUGUGUGAAGAUCUUAACCUCAAGCCUAAUCUUGUUGCUGGAAAGGUAGUUCUUUGUUUCACAACAGUGUCCAGUCGAAUUGUGACACAAAUCGCAGCACGAUCAGUCAGAGUAGCAGGUGGUGUUGGCGUGAUUGUUUCCAAGCCUCCCAAUGAUAUCACAGCUCAAUGCCGCAGCUUCCCCUGUGCAGAAGUUGAUUACGAGGUCGGCACCCAGAUCCUGUUCUACAUCCGUUCAGCCGGACAUCCAGUGGUGAAACUAAGCCCUCCUCCAACUCUUGUGGGCAAGGCUGUCCCAGCCAAGAUUGCCGAAUUCUCAUCAAGAGGCCCUAACACUGUUGCAGCUUCAGUACUCAAGCCAGAUAUAGCUGCACCAGGAGUGCAAAUAAUAGCUGCAACCUCUGCUCUUGAUACAUCCGCAGAACAAGGUUUCACUAUGCUUUCUGGGACAUCAAUGGCUACUCCGCACAUUGCUGGCAUUGUGGCUCUUCUCAGGGCACUACAUGCUGAUUGGUCACCUGCUGCAAUCAGAUCUGCACUUACCACGACAGCUUGGAUGAGUGAUCCAUAUGGCGUUCCAAUCUUUGCUGAAGGAGACCCACAUAAGCUUGCUGAUCCUUUUGAUUUUGGGGGUGGAAUUGCAAACCCAAAUGGUGCUGCAUGCCCAGGAUUGGUAUAUGACAUGGAUGAAAGUGACUAUAUCAAUUAUCUUUGCAGCAUGGAGUACAACAACUCUGCUAUCUCUCGACUAACAGGGAAACCUGUAACGUGUCCAAAAACAGUCUCAUUACUAGAUGUAAAUUUACCUUCCAUAACUAUACCAUAUCUUGGAAACUCAACUACCUUAACCAGAACGGUAACUAAUGUUGGAGCGACAAACUCCAUAUACCAUGUCAUAGUUGAACCUCCAACUGGUACAAUUGUACUUGUAAACCCCCCUAUAUUGAUUUUUAACUCCAUGACCAAGAAAAUCUCCUUCACAGUGACAGUCAGCUCGAUGCAUCAACUGAGUGCUGGAUAUUAUUUUGGGAGCCUGAUAUGGACUGAUGGUGUACAUGAUGUGAGAAGUCCUAUUUCUGUCAGAACUGCAAUGCCACGAUUACAUGCUGCUGCAAUUUGAAGAUGCUAUUUCCCCAAACUCAUUGGAAGAAUGAGAUAUUUAUAUCACUAAAAAUUAUAAUAAACCAUUACCAACCAUUACCAUUACAUUCACCUGAUAUGGAAUAAGUUCUGGAUUUGGGAAGAGCAUAAUUAUUCAUAAUAUGCGUGUCUCAUUCAGAGACCACAUGAUUUCUGCACCAUCAUUUCCAGAUCUUCUGCAUGCUAAAAUGCUUAAGGUGGUAUGAUUUAGUAUUUCGUACUAAAACAGAGUCUAGGUAUGAAACUACUCUUUGUUUUAUACUAGUUUGGUUUACCUAGUUUUGCUUUGUGUUCCAUCGACAUGGGAUCAAUUGUUAUGUAUAAAUCACAGACUUUCCAAUACUGAUGAAGCUCGAAACUAUUACCAUUAAUGGGGUAGUUAGUAUAGUAAAAUAGUAAUAACAUUCUGAGAAUGAGUUACUAGUUCUCCCUCACGCUUCAUAAAGAAAUUAACUCAUUCACAGCUUGUAGAUGGCUGUAGGUGAACUUGCAGGAGUCAGCCUGACAAAUUUGGUUCAAUACUUUUGUGUUCAUGGAAAUACUACAGAGAUAGGUCACCUACAGAAAACAACUAAUAACUAACACAAGCAUAUCAUUUGUGUCACCUCUCUUUAGCUGAUGAAAUUUCUAUGACUAAAUAUGCAACAAAUUCAGAGAUGGAAAUAAGUCGACUAUCCCUAAGAUAUUUCUUUCUUAUGCUAGACAAAAUCAAGAGAAAACAAGAAAAACAUGGCAAUCAAGAUUCAAGCAGCAGAACAGAAAAGGAAUAAUAUGUUACAAAAUCAAACCAAUUAUUCCCUCGCGUUCUAAAGAACUGAAAAAAGCAGAUGGAUAUCCAUACAUACAAGUCUAUGUAAUCAGAGCACAGGGAAUGAAUUGUAUUAAGAGGAGCGUAACAAUUUAAAAGCAGAUGUCUCAAUCAUGAUGCCUCAUCUUAAUUUCCAAAUGACUAGUGGCACUAUGCAAAGCUGCAAAAGAAUUUAUUAGUUUAUUUCACCGGUAGUCCUAUGAGGAUUAGAAGCAGCCCCUCACAAAUUAAAUAAUCCCUCGAGUCACCAGUGUAACAUUUGCUUUGGACCUUUCGGUGA